AUGCUCGGUGGCCAGCGGAGGCAUAAAUCUCCCAGACUUGGAAUGUCGCUCUCUGAUGCUGAGUACGAACUCCUGCCCAGUAUGCUCUCUGGUAUCCUCCCCAGCGCUUCUUCGAGCACGAAAAGUGGAUCUUCAAAACCCUCGAGUCGCUUUUCUGUUCGGAUUUUCAAAACGCCGUCGAAUGUUCCUAUUCCGUACCCUAUAAACGCAAAAUUUGAUGUUGGAUACCGUCCUGGACAAGGCGAACAACCUUGGUACCCAACUAGCAUUAAUGCAGCAUAUGAUGCGCGACCACGAGCUACAGCAAAUUACGUUAUUUAUCCUAGUGCUCAUAACGACACUUUUAUUUAUCAACAAUCGGCUGCCUCCAAAUCCGAUAUUUUCUCCAACUCGGAAUUCGAAACUUCGACAGCGACAUUUUCCUCUACGUCUGCAUUCUCCCCGGCACUCUCUACCGACAGCACCACGACGCUCAAAAGUCCCAGUGCCCCCGACUUGACCGUCGGCGACACCCUAUCCAACAGUUCAGCACCUUCGUCCCCUCAGACCCCACGCUUAGCCUAUCCUCCCCCCGCCAUCACGGCUUCGCUUCAGGGUCCUGCUCUGAGCAAAACUUCGUCGGCGAGACCCUACAUACACGAGGCAGCGGAAUCGAUCGAGGAACGUCGGACAAGACUACCUGCUUUGCAGAGCCACACGGCUAUUCCCUUUCGGCCUCCUUCAGGUCCAAAUGACCCGAUGACGCAAAUAGGACCUCGUCCCGGCGGCUAUCCGAUUGAGACACCUGAAUACGCCGCCAGCACCCUCUCGGAGUUAGAAGUUGAGGAACGCGAUAGAAUUGCCCAGAUCAACGCGGGAUACAACUCUGCCUCUACGGGAUCAUUCUAUGCUUCUAGCACAGGAUCCUCUAGCGACAAAGGAACGCACCUCGUGUCGAUUACACCCCAAAAUCAACGAACCACCUCGUCUAAGCCACUUCAUCCGACUAAUCUGCCUUUUCCGAUAAGGCCCCAGGAGCACGACUUCUCGCAUUCACAUUCCGUCUUUCCGCGUUCUUCUCAUCCUAAUGGCCCAGCACACCCCGCACUGAGAGACAGUCCACCCAGUGUCGAGCGUCUCCCGUCGCAGGUCCCAUCAGAGCAGCUGGUCUCGCAGAACGCCUCGCAAUCGCAGUCUUCCUUCUCCCAUGCUCUUCAAAGGGACAACUGGAGUCGCGAUGCAACAGUUGAUUCCGAUUCUAGGUCGCAAAAUGCCCACUAUCCUCCGCGCAGUGCACCUACCGCAUCAUCUAAAUCGCACCCCGCAAGCUCCCGGCCCGCUCAGGAAGUUGCCGGCAUCGCUCCUUUUUUGAACCGCUUCCCUUCUUCUUCAGACCAUCCUCCACAACACAGCAUCGCGGACCGAAGGUCGCCAAUCGCGGGAGGACGCGUUGAUGUGAAGGAUUACGGCGUGCCUAAUGCUGGGCCUGAUUAUCGCACAAAUGACACCGCAGACCCUACCCGAGGAUUAGCGGAACCGACAAGGGUAGGCCCGAGAGGAGACUACAUUUACGCCAAACCAGAUUCUGAAUCGCGGCGCUCUACAUCUCCCCCACGAGGACCCUUACCACACGCUACCCCGCAAGAAGCUGCUCCUGCUCGCCCUCCCAGCGCGUCAGACCUGAGGAAAGACGCACGGACACCAACGCCUCGCGACGCCGACGACCGACGACCUCCCCAUCCCAUGCGACGUGAUUCAUUCACUGGAGACGUGUUCAGACCACCUGGCGAUGGAUGCAACAUGUCCCAGUUUACCCCUGUUCACCAACUUUUCACGACCGGCCCACUUUCCUCUUCGCCCACGCAAAUUCGACUGAGUCCGACCGAUUACGACGCGACAACUCCCACCCGCUCUCGGGAUUCCUACGGAACCACGGAGUCCUUAGAACGUUCCACCGGUCGCAUCCGCACUCGAUCGAUCUCGUUUUCCAACGCGACACGGCCGAUUCUGACACUUUCCUCUUCGAACAUACCACAGGUUGCAGGCCACCAUGCUCUUCCUAUCUUAUCACAUCCGGCCCCUCCGCGCGGCUCAGCACUAAAAUCCUCCGAUCUGACUUCUGGCCGCAGCAGCUCAGACAGGUCUUCACCCAAAAUCACGACUUCGUCCAAUCACACCGCACGAACGGCGCAUUCUAAAGAGUCUGAUCGCCGCAGCUCUGCCCACUACAGCAUCACCCAAGUGCCCUCUGCCUCUCAGCAAGCACUGCGCCAGACAUCGACUGCUCAGACUUUCAAUCCUCCUUCCAAAGCACCGUCUGUUCCUUUAGGCUCAUACCCCAGAAUCAUGUUCCACGAUCCGUCUCGCCCUCACCAAUACUAUAUCGUCCCGCCUCAGCCGCAGAUCCACGUUGAACCUCAUCGCAGGCACUCGGAUGGGGAUCGCCCUUGCAACACUACCAGCUUUCGUGGGGCUAUGGCGCCGCACGAUUGGCCGAGUCCGUCUUCUUCCUCCACCUCCCAGUCGUCGCGCCCUACCACUCCGUCCAGCAUCCCAGAGCAUCAGAGACGUUACUCUGACGGCGACAAAAACCCGCCGCUCGCAGUGCGUCCUGUGCUUCCUAGGCUGGACACUGCCCCUGUUCCUCGUUCGGUGCGCUGGAACGACAACUUGAUCUGCCCGUCGCCCGUCUUCCCAUCUCGUCGAAAGGGAUGGUUCAACCGGAGAGGAGAUCAGCUGUGGAAGAAUGACGGAGGCUACAUCCCCGCACCGAAGCACGAGCAAUAUCCCCCAGACUUGGACGACUAUCCGGAAAUGGGCGAUGGCUGGAUGAACGAAGAAGGGACCCGUAUCGACAUGGGGCAUCACCUCAUCCCCAAAGUCCCAAUCCGCUCCGCACUGAAGCAAACGAAACUUAAUUAG